AUGGCGAAUAGAACGCGCCUUCAAGACCAAUCCACUGAAGAAGCAAAGUUCAAUAUAUUGAACCCCGAUGGCGCGUUCGCUGCCCAAGACGCACAACCGGGAUCGUUGCAGCAGCACUGUCGCACGUUCAUUUUACAGUCGGUUGGUCUCAAGCGAUUGGCGCGCAUCGUCGAUCUGCCAAUUCCGCAGACAAUGGUUAACUUUUUAGCCAAUCAGCUCUCAGUUGACGAUUUUUACGUCAAUCGAAAUAACUUGAACUCAGAACAUUUGACGCAUUGUGUGUACCCUGCUAAGUGUCUAUUGGACAUGUCGGAGGUUUUACUGAAGUGCGUUCCUCCGUGUCUUGCUGAUGAGCGAGUCAAGUCGAUCAUGGAAGCUUGGAAGGGGGUAAGCCAUCCAAAUAUUACUCAUAAUCUAGUGCAGUUCAACCAGGGCGGAACCGAAAUAAUCGUCUUUGAAUACCCCCCAGUUGCGCUUGUGGAUGUCCUUACAGAGCAGAGAGAACUACGGAGGCUUUUGCCUGAAUACUUAAUAUGGAAAGCUUUUAGUGGGCUGUGCUCCGCUGUUAAAUAUCUCAACGAGAAAGGAAUUAUCUACGAGACUUCAAAACCUACCGAACGGAUUUCUUUUGAUGAAAGCGGAGCCUUGAAACUGGACAGCGGUUUGCUAUACAUGGCCUCUGCACAGGAUAACAUGAACGCAAUGGCUAUGGGGGAUAGUAACACCGGACUAUAUUCCCCGCCGGAAGUUUUGAAGGGGCAACAAUUUAGCCCUGCAAGUCAAGUAUGGCUACUUGGGUGCGUCCUUUAUGAGCUUGCGGCAAUGGAACCCGCUUACAAAAUCCAAGGCACAGACAUGUUCACCGCGUUAGCAAAUAUAAUGGAAGGGAGACUACCUCCAGAGAUCAAUGCCUGCUUCUCUGAUGACUUAAAGACGACGAUAAACGAAUGCCUAAGAGGUGAUCCCGAAUCGAGGCCGAGCGUAGAAGAACUUACGAACAGGGCAACAGUAGUUACGGCGAGAAUGCACGAGGGGUAUCAAGGACGGGAGAUUGUGGAUCUUUAA